AACACUGAGCUGCGGCGAAAUCCGGUGAUGGGCUCCCGGCUCCCCAUUGGCCGGGCCGGUCACAUGCCCGCCUAACUUUAUUCAGUUGACAGCAAGUAGGAGGGCUCUAUGGCAGGGGGAAAAAAGACAACACGAGAAAAAUUAGUAUUUUCUACCUUCAGAAAUUAAUGGCCAUGAGUUCGUACAUGGUGAACUCCAAGUAUGUGGAUCCCAAAUUUCCUCCUUGCGAGGAAUAUUUGCAGAACAGCUACCUAGGCGAGCAAGGGGCCGAGUACUACAGUGCCUCGCAGGGCUCUGAUUUCCAGCACCAGGGACUCUACCCACGGUCAAACUACAGCGAGCAGCCCUUUAGCUGUAGCAAUGCCCAAGGCUCUGCCGUGCAGCCGCGGGGUCACGGACAGGAGCAAUCCGGCCCGGCGAGCCACUUCCCCGGCCAAGCAGAGCAUUGUCCACCGCCUCCAAUGCCCAACUCGCGAGCCUGCAGCCAGCAGCCGGCCCUCAAACCCCCCCACGGGUCGGCACUUAAGCAGCCAGCAGUAGUUUACCCCUGGAUGAAGAAAGUCCAUGUUAACUCGGUGAAUCCCAAUUACAACGGAGGGGAACCUAAACGCUCCCGCACAGCUUACACCAGACAGCAAGUCCUAGAACUGGAAAAAGAAUUUCAUUUUAACAGGUACCUGACCAGGCGCCGCCGUAUCGAGAUAGCCCACACUUUGUGUCUCUCUGAGCGCCAGAUCAAGAUCUGGUUUCAGAACAGAAGAAUGAAGUGGAAAAAAGAUCACAAACUGCCCAACACGAAGGGCAGGUCUUCUUCCUCUGGUUCAAACUCCCAUUUACAGACUGGUUCCAAGGACCAUCAGACUGACUUGACAACUUUGUAGAAGAGGUGAAAUUUUCCAUUUCAUCCUUCGCUUCUGACCAGUACUGUACAUAACUGACACUGCCCAAGCAGAACCUGCAUGUAGCAGCUAAGGACUCGAGAAACUGUCAUCUUUCUUUAAGGUACUGUUGUACAAAGGAGACAAAUUGACGCUACUUUGGACUUUAUUUUAUUUGCCUCUGCUAGCACAACCUAAAAAAAAAGGG